AUGAAAGAGGGUGGGGGUGCUCGACGGCAUCUCACGACGCCGCUGCGCCCAGCUUGCGGGUCAGCAGCCACGGCGGCGGCAGCGGCCGAGGCCAGCGACCUGGACUACCUGCUGCGAAUGCUGCACUGGACGGGCAGCAUGCGGCACCCGCGCGCCGGGACCUGGGCCAACCGCGCCUUCCGGCCGCUCAACGCCGCCGUCGUGGCUGUCAUCUCGCUCCUCGUGUGCUCGCUGGGGCUGGCCAUGUGGCGCGCGGGCGCGGCCGACCUCGACAGUUUCACACUCCUCCUCUCCCACUGCAACUCGUUCACCAUGUGGGUCGUCCGCCUAGGCAUCAUCGCCGCACACGAGCGCGACUUCCACUAUCUCGCGCGGCAGGUGGAGCGCGAUUUUGUGGAGUUCCUGACGGCAGAAGACGUCCCUCUGCUGCGCGAUCACGGUCACCGGCUACGACGAGUGCUGAAGGCCUACUUGUGCUUCGGUGCGGCCGGCAGCAUGUGGUGGCUCGUCUUCCCAGUGAUGUGCUUCGGCUUCACUGUAGAGGGCGUCCCGUUCGAGAUGGUGUUGCCAUAUGACGUGACGCGGCCCCUGGUGUUCAUCGUCAACUGGAUCUUCUGCGCGAUUGCCACUCUACACACGGCAAUUAUGACCAUGGCUUCCGACUCCUUUAGCGUCAGCCUAAUUGUGCAGUUACGUUUGCAACUGAGAAUUCUCAGCAGAAAUUUGGUCAAUGUGGCAAAAGGAGAUGAGGAGAUUAAAGAGAAGAAGUUUAUCGAAAAUUCUUUUUUAACAGAAACUUGGAGCCAUACAAGCCAGUUACAGGACAGGAUACGGCAAAAUAUCCGCCACCAUCAAACUAUUAUUAGGAACGCCAAAUUGCUGGAGAAGUGCUUGGCUGCAACUCUGCUAGCACAGAGUGUGUCCAUCGGUGUCGCGGUCUGCAUCCAGCUGUACCAGAUCGCCAUGCGUGCGCAGCAGUUAGUGGAUGCUGGGAAGUUCGGCUGCUACCUCUUCAUCAUGCUCGCUCAGCUGUUCGUCUUCUGCUGGUUCGGUGACGACCUCAUAACAGAGAGCCAGGAAGUGAGCGUUGCAGCUUACCAUUCCGUGACGUCACUUGAGGGGUGCCCCAUCUCCACUAAGAGGUCGUUGCUGCUUCUCAUGCUGCGCGCGCAACGCCCUCUGCACGUCACCGCCGCUGGCUUCUUCCCACUCUCCAGGGAGUCCUUUGUCGCGAUUCUGAACAUGUCUUACUCAUUCUGCGCUAUUCUGCGGAACUUCAAAGAAGAAUAG